AUGGGGGUUCAUCUAAAUUUAGAAAUUUUAGAAACUGCUCGGCAAGCUGGCCAGAAUGUUCUCAAUUUACGUACCGAUGCUAGAGAAGUCCUACCUGAUUAUCAGGCUCUACCCCAAUCUAUAGUUGAUUACAUAUCUCACAUUGCGUCAGUUAUUACACAGGAUGGGAAAGAGAUAAGGAUGAAUUUGCCAGCCACAGCUAUACCACAGGGUCCAAUUGAAGUUGAUGGAGUUCUUCAACCUAGUGGUUCUUUCGGUCCAAUUGCAGCAAAUAAUCAUAAUACAUACGAAUGCUAUCUAACGCCACUCAUAACUUCAAGAAGAGUGCAAGCAUCUCAAGAGAACAAUGCCGGCUAUCUUCCUUUGCCUGAUGCCAUGAUUCCAGGAAAUUUAGUACCUAACAGAAAUAUGUUGGGAUUUGAACAAAUUGAUAUUUUAGGAGCGGGAGCAAACUCGCGCUUACAGGGGAUUCAAUUCCCUAAUGAUGAUACCCUAGAAGGACGAUAUCGCAUAUCAACUUUGCUCCAAGAUAGAGUUUAUACGGUUCUCGCUGAAAUGAAAGACCGUUUUAAAAUUGUGGAAUACCGUCGUAAUCAAAAUGAUAAAGGAUUAAAUAUAAUGGACAAAAUUCAACAUAAGAUUACUGCAGUUAAUUUACUAUUCGUAGAAACUUCUGGACCAUUGAAUGACGCUCAAGUUCCACUGUACUCGAGAAACGUCGCCAUCCAUGGAUUUGGAGCCCAAGGAUCAGCCUCCGCUAACCAGGCUAAUAUAGAAUGUUUUCAUCGACGAAGAAUUCAUCAGGGUAACCAGAUGGCACGGGGAUUUUGUUGUACUACUCAGCAAGGCCAGCCACCCGGGGGUUGGAACGCCACCCUUAAUGAUAAUUUUAAUAUGCAUGGUUUGUAUGCCCCAGUACUCCAUGCUGAUUACCCCCACCUCCGUGAGAGCCACUUCAGCUCACACGCUUCAGCAGGUGUGCGGACGACCGCUCUUGCAGAAUUGGACACUCCCGAGGACAUGCAGGCUAUAGCCUGGCUUGGGAUUACCCGACCACUAACUGUUAAUCACCUGAGCAUCACCAAACAAUACGGAACUACUACAACAUUUCUCCGUUGCAUUCCGUGUUCUGGGUCACAAAUUGGGCAAACCAAAUCAGUACAAUUGGACACUCUUAAAGACGUGCGGUUAUGCCUCCCUGCACACUUAACAAUGAUUGACAUGCCUACGACGAUAGACUCUUCAGAAAAAUACCAGAGGACUGAGAGAUCCAAGUAUUUUCCAAAAAACGAAGAAAAGAAAAUAGUGGUUAAAAUCAUGCCGAGAAUUUAUAUACGCAAAACUAAUCGCCAAAAUUGGCCUGAAGAACAAAUGCAAAAGGCAUUAGAUGCCGUCAGAGAUGACUUAACAUUAGAAAGAAUCAGUUCUGAGGCCACAGUUUUGAAAACCAUGGAAACAUCUGAAGCGUCAACGUCGAAAGGUUCAAAUCCAAGCAAGCAAAAUAAAGGCACUGCAAAAUAUUACCACCAAUCCAAAAAUUUUGGAAAUUUAGAUGCUCUUCCCAGCACAUCCAAAAUAUUGACAUUGUCGCAGUUUAGAGAAUUCAAAAAGGGUAACAGAGGACGUCGCUUUACAUUGCAAGAAAAGCUUGUGAGUUUGUCUAUUACGAAACAAAGUUCAAAAGGGUAUAGAUUUCUUCGGAAAAUAUUUAAAUUGCCCUCACGGCAGAUUCUACUGCAACUAUUGCAUCAGGCAAAUUUCAAGCCCGGAAUAAAUUCAAACACCAUUGAACAACUCAAGAAAGCAACUGAGGCUAUGAAGUUGGAAGACAAAUUGUGUAUUCUGCUAUUUGAUGAAAUGUCCCUAAAACCUAGUGUUGCUUAUAAUGAAAGAAAGGACAGAGUAUGUGGUUUUGUCACAAAUGGUGACGAAGUAUAUUCAGAAUACGCGGAUCAUGCACAAGUGUUCAUGAUAAGAGGCUUAUUAAAAAAUUAUAAACAACCAGUAGCCUACACAAUUUCUCAAGCAGCAACUAAGGGACCUGAACUUCCAAAGCAAUUAAAAGCUGUUGUCACUGCACUGCAAGGAGCUGGUCUUACAGUUGUCGUUACUGUGUGUGACAAAUAA